UUUUUGGUGCUGUGUUCACUCUCACUGACAUGUGUUUGACAAUAUCUACAUAACCUAAAAAAAAUCAAAAGUCAAAUAGCAAAAACUCAAAAAGGACCGUUUUCAUCAAUAUGGGUAAAUUUUCGAGGGACAGGCGUGAUAUUUUUUAUCGAAAGGCCAAAGAACAAGGCUGGCGGGCCCGUAGUGCAUUUAAACUUCUCCAAAUCGAUGAGAAAUUCAACAUUUUGGAAGGUGUAACAAAGGCCGUGGAUCUAUGUGCGGCACCAGGAAGUUGGAGCCAGGUUCUGUCCCGUCGCUUAUAUCUAGGCGAGAAGAUUAAUAUUAAGCCAAAAUGUAAGCUGUUUUACACCGAGAACGAAGAUUACAUGAGCGAGGAUAUGGUGGAAUGCAGCACAUCGAAAAUUGUUGAGCCAAAAAAAGAGGAAGUUACAGAAACACCACAAAAGAACAAAGACGUUAAGAUUGUCGCUGUUGAUUUGCAACCAAUGUCGCCUCUGCCUGGGGUUAUCCAGCUCCAGGGGGACAUAACAGAGUACAAGACAGCCGAAGCCAUUAUCAGCCACUUUGAGGGAGAUCAUGCGGAUUUGGUUGUUUGCGAUGGGGCCCCAGAUGUCACUGGACUUCAUUGUAUUGAUAUUUACAUUCAAGCCCAACUUUUAUUAGGUGCGUUGCACAUCACUUGCAACGUUCUUAAGCCAGGGGGCACUUUCGUGGCUAAAAUAUUCCGGGCUAAAGACUGUGAUUUGCUGACCCAGCAGCUGCUCAUGCUGUUUGAGGAUGUGAUCACUGUCAAACCAACUAGCUCGCGCAAUUCCAGUAUCGAAGCGUUUGUUGUUUGCCGUAAAUUCAAACCGCCGAAAGGUUUUGAUCCGAUGUUAAUAACACCGUUUCUUGAUGUCUCAAACAGAGAUUUUUCUUCUCUUUCUGGGGUAAAUCGCGUAGUAAUACCAUUUAUAGUUUGUGGCGAUAUCAGCGCUUACGAUUCCGAUACAACCUAUCCUCUGCAGCUUGAAGGGGAGGAGCCCUACCAGUAUCACCCGCCGGUGCAGCCCCCAAUAGCCCCUCCCUACUAUUUUGUAGAUGAUCCGGACAAAAAAGAAAAAAAAUCAAAGAAAUCGCAGCCAAAGGCAAGCAGCAGUCGGAGUUCUGAUUUACCAGAUAUUUCCCAAAUGACUUUAUCUGAUAAAAGUGAAAGUUCACAAUCUACACAUAAAACCGAAAGUUCACACUCUACACAGUUGGGUUUGGCUCCGGAACUGAAGUUCCAAGACUUGUUGCAAAAAGUUACAAAAAUUCGUGAAAGAAAAUCUGAAAAAAAGUUUGUCGAGAAAGUGGAAUCCAAUGAAACAGAUGAGGAGACGCUGGCUUUUCUUACAGGACUAACGCAAAGUUUAAAUCUAGAACAAGGGACUCCUGAAUAUGAGAAACUAGUCUCAACUCUGCUAGGUCCUGGAUCCUCUACUUGUACUUGUGUACACAAAUUAAAUGAAUGAUUUAAUUUUUUUAUUAUUAUUUUAUUGUAAUAAGUGUGUGAAAAUACAUUAUUCCACAUAAA